AUGUACUCCUCACAUUCCCAGGAUCCUACGAGGCGCGCUCGCAUUGAAAAUGAGAAGCAAGGUUCGCGACAGUCUAUAAUGAUACAGCAGGGGGAAACUGACGAUGUGGGAGUUUCUCCUCGACCAACGGAGAAGCCGGAUGCGAGAUCUUGGGCUCACUUCGUGGCCGGAGGGAUCGGCGGGAUGACUGCGGCUACUGUUACCAGUCCCCUCGAUGUCCUAAGAACGCGUCUUCAAUCAGACUUCUACCAAGCCCAACUCCGUGCGCUGCGCCACGCACACCCCUUGCCUCAAUCAACAUCCAUCCUGACCCUCCCCCGAAGCGCUCUACUACAUUUCACGGAAACUCUUCAAAUGCUUAGGUCGAUUCAUGUCCAUGAGGGAUGGCGAGGCUUGUUCAAAGGCCUAGGACCCAACUUAGUAGGCGUAGUCCCAGCGAGGGCAAUCAGUUUCUAUGCCUACGGAAAUGGCAAACGUCUAUUAAACGAGUAUUUCGAGUAUGACCCAGCCACUUCGCCGGUGGGUAUUCACUUGACAGCCGCGGCGAUGGCUGGUAUUGCGACAGGAACAGCCACAAAUCCAAUCUGGCUAGUUAAGACGCGGCUGCAACUCGACAAGGCCAAUGCUUCCAACGUACCCGGCAGAGGGCGCCAGUACAAAAACAGCUGGGACUGCAUCAAACAGACUGUGCGCCACGAAGGAAUUCGAGGGCUCUAUCGUGGACUUUCCGCAUCGUAUCUCGGAGUCACGGAGAGCACGGUCCAGUGGGUGAUGUAUGAGCAAAUGAAAAGGAUACUCGCUGCAAGAGAGGCGCGCUUGCUUGCUGAUCCGACGCAUGUACCGAGUUUGGCCGAUGAUGUUGAGGUCUGGGUAGGGAAACUGUUUGCCGCGGGUUUCGCUAAAUUCUUCGCUGCUGCUGCCACGUAUCCUCACGAAGUUGUACGCACCAGGCUGCGGUUGGCUCCCACGGUAUCAAUUUCGGGGGGCAAGGCGCAGAUGAAGUAUACCGGGUUGGUCCAGUGCUUCCGGCUGAUCUUCAAAGAGGAGGGCAUUGCAGGCCUGUAUGGGGGUUUAACGCCUCACCUACUACGAGUUGUACCGAGCGCUGCUAUCAUGUUUGGAAUGUAUGAAGUGCUCCUGCGGCUCUUUGGUGCCACAGCAUGA